UAAGUGGCAACAUUGGCGGAAACACAGGACACAAAAGACGAAAACUGAAACGUAGGAUAAUAGGAUUAAAGAAUUUAGAAAAGGCGGGUCAACGUUUGGAAUUAUAGAAAUCCACCAAAAAAGUUCCCAAAAUUAAGAGGAAUACUUCUGUACUUCUGCACUUCCGAAUAUGCCAGUAUUUGAAUGGAUUGUGAUUGGUGUGUUUAUUGCUAUCAUAUGCUUAUUGUAUUAUGUUUGUUAUUGUCGAGGAUCUGGCGAUAAUUUGGUUCACCCAGAUUCAAAUGGAGUUCCCCAAUCGGAAGAAUCGGGAGGAAGGGCGUUACCAGGAAUAGCUGAAAAUGAUAAGCCACAUGUACGGGGACCAAUUAUUUCCGCGGGUUUGAUAAAUGCCGCACUCGUACGUGGUGGGGCAGUGGUAAGAAAUGCGGAGGAUGUGGUGAGAAUAGAGAAUACCGAUCAGCAGAGAGUGUGGUUCCAAGUGAGCCAGCACCGAGAACCGGAUGUCAAUAGAGGGAUCGAAGAGGUUGCAGAUGUACAGGGAGCAGAGAAUAUUAAUACACAACUAGCUGAGACUUCAAACGAAUCUCGAGCAGAGGUCGUAAAAAAUGUGAAUGGACAAAAAGCAGAGACAUCAAUUAAUUGCUGGGUACGAAACGCAGAGAACACAGAUAGAUUUUAUGAAGGAAAAGUUAAUGAGCAAAUAUCAGUCAUCACAGAUUUGACACGAAAACAAAGUGUGGAUGAAUCGCUACCAAAUCGAGCAGAGAGCACAGAUAGUGCUAGAACCGGGAAUACAGAUGUCUCUCUUGAAGGAAAUCUUGUUGAGCAAAUAUCAGGGAGCACCGACGAGCCACGAAAACAAACCUUGGACGAACCCUUGUCUAAGAGCGAAGGUGAAUCCCCAGCAGAGAGUACAGAUGGCGCUAGAACAAGAAGUACAGAUGGCUCUCAUGAGGAAAAUCUUAUUGGGCAAAUAUCAGUUAGCAGCGAUGAGCCACGGAAACAAAGCGUGGAUGAACCCCUGUCAAAGAGCGAAGGUGAAUCCCGAGUAGAGAGCACAGAUAGUGCUAGAACCGGGAAUGCAGAUGGCUCUCAUGAAAGACAAUUUUUUGAGCAAAUAUCAUGGAGCAGCUAUGAGACACGAAAACAAACCUUGGACGAACCCUUGUCAAAGAGCGAAAGUGAAUCCCCAGCAGAGAGUACAGAUGGCGCUAGAACAAGGAGUGUAGAUGGCUCUCAUGAGGAAAAUCUUAUUGAGCAAAUAUCAGUUAGCAGCGAUGAGCCACGUAAACAAAGCGUGGAUGAACCCCUGUCAAAGAGCGAAGGUGAACCCCGAGUAGAGAGCACAGAUAGUGCUAGAACCGGGAAUACAGAUGGCUCUCAUGAAAGACAAUUUUUUGAGCAAAUAUCAUGGAGCAGCUAUGAGACACGAAAACAAACCUUGGACAAACCCUUGUCAAAGAGCGAAGGUGAAUCCCCUCCAGAGAAUACAGAUAGCGCUAGAACAAGGAGUGAAGAUGGCUCUCAUGAGGAAAAUCUUUUUGGGCAAAUAUCAGCGAGCACCGAUGAGGGCGGAAAACAAAAAAUGGAUGAAUCCGUACCUGAGAACUCAGAUGGCUCAAUUGCAGGAAAUCCUGUUGAAGCGAAACCAGGAACCGUUGAACCCAAGGGAAUGCUUCGGCCGCCGAUGGAACGCCAGCAACACAUAUCUACAGAGAGCGAAUGACGAGCCGAACAAAAUUACUCAGCCGCUAUGCGGAGAUCACUUGCGAACGUUUUAUUUUGUAAUAGAGAAAAUGGGAGCCGUCGAAAAGCCAAAUGUCCGAUUCUAAGAAAGAGUAUAAAUAUUAAUGUUUAAUAUGUGUAUGUGUGUACGUAUAUGUGUAUUUUUUUAACACUUUGAAAAAAAUUAAAUCUUAAGAAUUCUCAUACAA